AACAAAUAGAUUAACACUUUAUGGACUUGUUUACCGAGCAAGCGUGAAGCCUUUUACCCUUCCCUCAGGUGCAUAGGCAGUCGAUGGAGGACGCAUCCGAAUAUCAUUCACAAGAGGACGCCCGUCAAGUCUACACCAAGCCAUGGAUAGCUCUUCUUCGUAUUUGCCCGUAAAUCCCGCUUGUCUAGUAUUAUUUGUUCUGGUCAUUUCAAUGCUGGAUUAUAUAGUUCAUUGUUGGUUUGAAGUCAAUGGGAACACCGCCGCCAUUGCGCCAAUCGCCACAAGUGGUAACAAAAACAGUGUCAACAGGUGUUUGGCAAGCAGUGCGCUUUUCGAUAGAACAUGUGGCGACGAGACACCGAUUGCGCGGAAUUGCGGCCUGCGACACCUUCAACUGCGUCAUCGUGUUAAACUGAUGGCAGGCGUUAAGCGACGACUCGACCAGGACUUUUAAGAUAACUUAAGUACAUUAAGAGUAGUUUACACACAAAAUAAUAUUAAGAAAC